AUGUCAAGAUGCUUGAACAAACGAUCCAUUCGCGACGACUCUUUCAGCGACGGUCUCGACUAUCUGAUGGACGAUGAUGACGACGUUGUAGUUCUUCCCACGCAACAGCAGCCCAAAAAAUUCAAAACAUAUCAACCAGCAGCAUCUUCCUUGUCGUCGUCCUCCUCCUCCAUCGAAGAAAUCGAUUCCAAUGUUCGUAAACUUCCACCAUUGACUCAUCCGCAACAGCACGAGGUGCUCAGGGCGAUCGAGCGAAACGAAGAUAAGAAUCUGCAGAUGCUGUUUUGGGAGCUUGGUUGCAACUUUGUUCUACACGAACAUCAGUUCAAAGCAGUUCGUAUGGUGGCAGGAGUCCAGGAAGACUUCCCACGUGUCCAGGCAGAUACCAGAUGGGCGACAAUGAAUUCUUUGGCGAAUGCCAAGCCACGAGACCUGGCCGAGAAAGGACUGCUCGUUGCUGAUGUAAUGGGCUUGGGGAAGACAAUUCAGGCGGUGUUGGCUUGUCUCCUUCGCAACCGUAUCGCCGCGUCGCAAGGAAAACCUAGAAAGCCGACGCUCAUAUGCAGUCCCAACGAAAGCGUAUUGAGCCAAUGGCAUGAGCAUCUAAUUCUGGCCGGAAUCGAUCCGAACAAGAUCUAUAGGUUCAAGACAAAGCAAGGCCAACCGAUUAGCGGUGACAUCUACGUUCUUUGUAACAGGUAUGAUUUUCAGACAGAGGCCCGCUGGACGUUCCAAAGUAUCAAACCUGAUGUUUCGAUUGAGCCUUCGAGGUCCCCGUUGUAUCCUAACGCCCGAAGCGAAUUACUGGCAGUGUUGAAGAAUCAAUACCGAGCCAGUAAAGGGAAGGAAAAGAACAGAUACAUUGCAAAGCAUGAGCGAACCACGAUCAAUGAAUGCAUUGUCAAGCACCUGGCCCGGGAAUGUCGGACCAAUUCAAGCGCUAUGUUUCGUACGGUUGUAAUUGAUGAAGCUCACUUUCUGAAGAGCCUCAAGACUCUUUGGGGUAUGGCUGCUGCUUUGUUAGGACUCCAUACGGAGCGCAUGUUGCCAAUGACUGGUACUCCAUACAACAACUCUUGUCAGGACAUUGCUUCUCUCAUGACCUUCAUAAACCCAACCGAACAUUGGGCUGCUGAAAAGUGGUGGAAGAGAGCCACCGAAAAUGGGGAUUCACGCAGAGUAGCACAGGCAGUCGCUGAAUGGAGCUCUACGCGGUUGCUUCGGAGAGACAAGGACGUUAUUGCGGACAAGCUCCCGGGGAAAGCAGUACGAAAGGUCCGUGUUUCGUCGUGUCCUGUUGAACUAAAAGUCUACGAGGAAUACGAACAGAAGCUGCAAGCUGCAUUUGGAAGGCUCAAAGCACUCGACAGCGGCGGCACUGGUAACACUCGACUUUUCCAGCAAAGUUUGGAGGUAAUGCUUCGGACGGCUGCUUGUUGUCGGAUGGCAUUGAUCCACCCUAUUCUACCGGGAGGCGGGCGAGAAAUCACUGUGUUCUUUUCGCCCUCCCGUUGCAAUAUGAAGUCUGUUCGGUCAAGUUUAGAGAAACCAAAUCUCUGCGUUUGUUGUAAACGAAAAGUGCAGCUACGAUGCCGGCGUAAUCGGAACUCGGAUACCGGUAUCGAGCUCGGUGCCGAGGAUGAUGACGACCUGUUCGAGGAUGACAAGACAGUGGGAAGCAACGACAAUUGGAACGUUGAAGACGACUCUGAAGCCGAAGAAGAAGGAGCUAUGCCCACCAAGUUCAAAACCCAAAAAGGUCGAGGGCCCAUCGUUCCAAUACCCACCGGAUUUUGCCAGCUGGCUGCGCGAGGCGUUCGCCAUUUCGCAUGCGAGUCAUGCCUUGAUGAACUAGAAGAAUCAGGAUCAGGCUGCCCACGGUGUGUCAACCUAUUUGGCAGACUUGAUUAUAUGAAAAGCGCUGAAGGUGUCAGUGGGUCUGGGCAAACUGAAGGGGGGCAAAUGACACGAAAGCUCUAUUGCAAGGAAACUUUUGGUGGAUUCCGGACCACCGCGAAGCUGGACAGCGUCCUAUCCGACUUCAAGUCAAAGCUUCCCCGAAAGGAGAAAGUGCUGAUUGCAUCUUUCUUCAAAGGAACCCUAGAUCUGCUGGAGGCCAUGUUUGCGGAGAUGCAAGUCCAAGUUGCACGAUUUGAUGGUGAUAUCAAAGCUGACGAGCGCGAGAAGGAAUUGAACAGGUUCAAACUAGACGAUUCAUGCCGAGUUCUUUUGAUGACGGUACAAACAGGUGGGACAGGACUUAAUCUUGUUGUGGCCAAUCAUGUUUGGUUUGUUGACCGAUUCUGGAAUCCAAUGGUGAUGGAGCAGUGUGAGGAUCGUUGCUUUCGCUUGGGGCAGAAACGAGAGGUCGAUGUUGCCUAUCAUGACGUUCAAUUUACUAUCGACGAUGUCAUGCACCACAUCAAUUUACGAAAGAUGAAAAACGCAGCCGUUAUUCUGGCUGAUGGUACAAAACUCUCGACUUCCGGUUUGUCGUUCAAGGACCUUUCUGGAAAGAUGGGAGAAGGCAUUGGUCGUGCCCAGGAGGCUCGCGAAAGAUUCCAUCAACUAGGAGCCCAUUCAGAAAGAAAACCGAGCGCACACAAACGGGAAUCUACAAGUGCAUCUCCUUUUGCACCAUUGGCGGUGAGUAAUUCACGGCGUCGUGGACGCAAACCCUCCAAACCACUUCGGUACGCUUCUCUGCAAAAAUCCACCGCGGCUGCUCAAGAUUCUUGGGCCCGACGAACGGGCUUUGACACGUUGGAUGGCUACAAAGAACCCACACAACCGCUCGCAAAUCAGCAUGCCGAUUCCUGGGCAGAGCGGACCAACUUUGCUGCGCUGCUUGGCGAGGAUUUAGGAUCAGAGGAAGCCUACAAUCAUCCUCAAUGCGAUCCAUCCUACCAGCAUGGAGCUGAUGGUUCCCAGCAUGACCAACCUAACAACUCACACAAUGACGGUGGUGGCUCCUUCGACUUGAAAUCCCAGCUCCGUGAGUUGACCGGUGAACACAGCUUGGAAAACUCCGUGGCGGAGCUUUUGUUGGGCGAGAGCCAUGGUAAUGUAAUGCAAGCAGCAUCUCUUUACAGAGACCAGCAACAGCAGCUGGGACGACAUAGCAAUAAGCGAAGCACUCGAGCUCAGAAGUCAUCAUGGCCCUAUUCAGGAGGAGACGACCCAGAGGUCAUUGUGCUUGAUUGA